CCACCUCAGCAGUAGUUGCCGGAAUCUUACACCUAAUGAAAGUAACCGGUUCUAAUGAUCCGAGCUUACUAUGCAGGUUCUUAAGAAAUCUGAAUGGGUAUGAGAAAAAUUGAUAGAAUACCUACACAUUUACAUAUAUAUAUAUAUAUAUAUACACAAAUUUGGGAAUGUGGGUAUGAGAGAAUAAAGUCAAACUCCGAAACCCAACUCAUAAAUGGCCGUUCUUUUUGACCUUUUUAUUUUUUUGCUUGAUAUUUCCUUUUGUUAGAGAGAGAGAGAGAGGAGGAAAGAGAAAGGGAAAGAGAGAGAGAGAGAGAGAGAGAGAGAGAGAGGACGAGAUGUAUGCGGCGCCACGUCAGCGGUUGGGGACUUCGGACUCGGCUGCCGGAGUUGUCGAUGAGUCGGCGCUGCUCAGAACUUAUGAGGCCUGGAAAGGCAGCAAUAUAUUUCUUUUCGGUGGAAGGUUUAUAUUUGGACCUGAUAUGAGAUCUCUUCUUUUAACGUUAUUCCUUAUUGGUGCCCCUGUUGGAGUUUUCUGUGGCUUUGUAGCUAGAAAACUGAUCGAUGACUUUCCGCAUCACUUGGGAAUAUCAAUAAUGGUUGUUGUUGGCGUCAUGACAUUCAUUGAUUUGAUUCUUCUUGUUCUAACCUCAGGAAGAGAUCCUGGUAUUAUACCUCGUAAUGAUCAUCCUCCAGAGCCAGAAGACUAUGAUGGGAGUGCUGAAACUGGGGCUAGUCAAACUCCGCAGCUGCGUUUGCCACGCAUGAAGGAUGUAAUCGUCAAUGGUGUAACUGUGAGGAUUAAGUACUGCGAUACCUGCAUGCUUUAUAGACCUCCUCGCUGUUCUCACUGUUCAAUAUGCAACAACUGUGUUGAGCGAUUUGACCAUCACUGCCCUUGGGUUGGCCAGUGCAUUGGACAGCGGAAUUACCGAUUCUUCUUUAUGUUUGUCUUCUGCACUACUCUCCUUUGCUUAUAUGUACAUGGGUUUUGUUGGGUCUACAUCAAGAGAAUCAUGGAUGGUGAAGAAACAUCAAUUUGGAAAGCAAUGAUUAAGACUCCUGCCUCCAUUGUGCUAAUAGUUUACACUUUCAUCACUUUCUGGUUUGUGGGUGGCCUUACUUUCUUCCAUUUGUAUCUUAUUGGAACAAACCAGUCUACCUAUGAAAACUUUAGAUACCGGUAUGAUCGACGUGCCAACCCAUAUAACAAGGGGGUAAUUGAGAACUUCAAGGAGGUAUUCUGCACCAGUAUUCCUCCAUCCAAGAACGAUUUCAGGAAGAAGGUAACAAAAGAGCCUUUCAUUGCACCAAGAACAGUUGGUGGUGGUUUUGCUAGUCCCAUAAUGGGAAAAGCCAUAAGUGACAUAGAGAUGGGGAGGAAACCAGUAUGGGAUGAGGCUGCAAGACAUGGAGGCGAUUAUGAAGAACAUCUCAGUAACGAUGAUGUUGAAAACAAGGAUCAAGGACCGACAGAGGAUGAUGUGUCACCGGAUUUAAGUAGGAGCCUUCCAACGGAGAGUGCAGAUAGGCGUGAUUUGUUACGUCCCCGGCGUUCUAGUUGGGGAAGGAGAAGUGGAAGCUUGAAUAUAUCACCCGAAGUUCUUGCUUUGGCAGCUGGAGUUGGUGACUCAAGGCGUGUCAACGAUGGAAACAGUGUAAGCAGCUCGAUAGAGACUGAAAAAUCUCAGACAAAUUCUUAGAUGUAUAAUUAAUGUGGAGACACGAAUCAAAAAGGAUUAAAGACAAAAAUGUAAUUAUGAAAAGUAUCAAGUUUGUGUAAAUUUUGAGUUGGUGUCGAUUGGGAUUAAUAUUCUCAGGCGAUCAAUCUAUGGCGGUGCUAAAACUGUUUUGUAUUGUUUUGUAGGGUAUGCUUCUGUAUAUGUUUUAUGUAAGACGUGCUCUAAUUCUUGUA